GAUUCAAAAUAUUGAUUCAUUAUAAUAACAACUUUGUAUUUUGAUACUAAUUUUAUAAUAAAAAUGUACUAAGAAGAAUGGUAUAUAAUAAUAACAGAUUUUUUUUGUACAGUAAAAUGUCAAAGAAAGUCAGAACUGUUCAUAUUAUUAGACAUAUUUUGUAAUAUAAUUGAUUCAAUAUUAUUUUGAGGUUAGCAAAGUUUGCUACUGUCAAGUUGAUGAAAAUAUGUGUGCUUGAUCCAUUAGAAUACUUAUAAAACUAAGAUAUUUAAUGAUUAUAUUUUUGUUCAUUAAAUAUGUAAAAUUUUGAAUAUUACAUGCUAUUGCAUAUUAAGGAAAAGAUCAAUUAAAUAAAUUAAUAACGUGAAAUGGAUAAACUAACAAUUAUUUCGGGAGCUCUAUUUUUGGCAGCUGAUAUGUUUGCAAUUGUUAGUUUGGGAAUGCCUGAUUGGAUUAUAACUGAUGUUGGCGGAGAUACACGAUUAGGCCUUAUGUUGUCUUGUAUGACAUUAUAUAACAGACCACAAGUUUGUUACACACCUGAUUUAAAGCCUGAAUGGUUAUUAGCCCUUAUUUUUAUAUUAGUCGGAUGUAUUUUAAUAACAACAACUAUAAUAUUGCUGAUCAGUUCGCAUUGGGAUCGUAAUGUAAUUCCAUAUGCUCGAUGGGUUGGAUUUACAGCAAUGGUUCUAUUUUGCUUAGCGGCUGUUCUAUUUCCAAUGGGUUUUUACAUUGAUGAAAUUGGAGGACAACCAUAUCAGUUACCAAAUUCACAUCAAGUAGGAAUCUCUUAUAUCCUUUUCGUUCUGGCACUAUGGAUCACAGUUAUUUCUGAACUUUUUGCAGGAAAAGUAUGUUUACCACAUUUUUAAAGUUACUCAGUGAUAUUUUCCAAUUGUUCUAUUUUUCGUGUUGUUUUAUUUUUAAUAUUUAGUAUUAUGUAUCUUGAAUAAGAUUAGAUUUCAUAUUUCAGCGAGUCUUUAUUAAAUUAAACUAAAAUUUCUUAAAGAAAUGACAUAUUUCUAAUCUACUAUAUCUAUCUAUUAAUUGGCUUUACUUAUGAUUAGUAUAAGCAGAAAUAAUUGAAAUAUUAUAUAUAAAAAAGUAAGCAUCGUAGAGAGAAAGUUAAAAAAUAUUCGAGUUACACUAAAGAAUUAAUAGUCUACUUAUCAGUCCAUUGUAUUGUCAAAAUUAUAAGAAGGAUGUAUAUUUAUAACAAUUUCCAAUUUGUUGUUCAAUUUUGUUGAUAUUAUGAUCAACCAAGAGCCACUUUUAGAUACAUUUCAAAUAGUUGCAAUUCGAUAAACAUAUUUUUUCAUGUGCUACAGAAAUAUACGAUGAAGUAAAAUAUUCCUAUAUUGUAUAUAUUGUAUCUUAAUACACAUGAUAGCUUAUAGAUAAUCUAUAUACAAUGUACAUUGAUAUUUUUUUUUUUUAAUAAAUUCUAAAUAUUUAUUUACAAUUU